UUCCGACCAUCUCCUGCUGCGCUCCCUUCAGAGAAGCACCUGGAGUUGGCACCGGGAGGGAUUUUCAUUCACUAAAGGCACAUUUCCAGUCUGGUGAGUUGUGAGGGUGUGACGAAACAUCCCCAGGUGUUUCCUCAAAUCCUGGUUCCAAGAGUUGCUGCUUCCUGGAACUUUGCCCACGGCUUGAGAGGAGGCAAAGAGCUGCUGUGCUCAACACACGCGUGGUCCCCGUGUUCACUCUGGCCACGCUGACUGCAGCCCUCAGGGUGUCCCGGUGCCAGGAUCACCCUUGGAUCCAGCCAGAUCCAGCCGAGCACUGAAAUGCAGCAAAUUCCCCCCAGGAUGUUCUGGGGAUGCACCUCAAAUUGGGGCAGGAGUUUUUGAGGAUGCAGACUUUUAUCUCUGGGUGUUUUGGGUGCUGCGGGAGUGCGUUGUGUUCCUGUCCCCACUGCUGCUGUGCCACUGACCCCUUCCCCUCCUGCUCCCAUUCCCACUGUGCUCCCAACCCCACCGUGUUCCCAUUCCCGUUGUUUCUAUCCCAUUGUGCUCCCAUUCCCACUGUGCUCCCAACCCCAUCAUGCUCCCAUCCCCAUCGUGUUCCCAUUCCCACCAUUUCCAUCCCCAUCCUGCUCCCAUCUCCACUGCCACCACACUCCUGUCCCUGGUGGCUGCUGUCCCUGUCACCGACACAUUCCCAUCCUUGUGUGCUCCUGUCCUCACUGCCAUGGCAUUCCCAUUCCCAUUCCCAUUCCCAUUCCCAUUCCCAUUCCCACUGUUCUUCCAUCUCCAUCCCAUAACGAUCUCAGCCCAACCGUGCAUCCCUCCUGACUGGACACUGCUCCAUCCCAGCUGGACAUUGCUCCAUCCAUCCAUCCAUCCAUCCAUCCAUCCAUCCAUCCAUCCCAGCCAUGCAUUCCAUCCUAUCCAUACUUCCCAUCCCAGAUAUCCAUCGCUCCAUCCUGGCUGUAUUUUGUGUUAUUCCCAUUGUACAUCUCUCCAUCUCUCCAUGUUGGCUCCCAUUGGGAUACGGGAGCUUCCAGCAGCCAGGAUCAUGGAUGAGCCAUUCCCUCACCACCACAGGGAUCCAGGUGCUGGCAGUUUUGGAGCAUCUGGAAAAUUCUUCCCCAUUGCACCAAAAACGAAAGGAAAUUUCACCAGCCUGGUGUGGAACCUCAUCCCGAUGCCGAAGGGGAAGCAGGAACUCCUUUGGGAAAAAACAAAGCUGUAAUUCAUAAUCCAUCACUGUCCCACUGCCUGGGAUACUUGGAUUUCAGCUGUCACUUUCCAGAGCAGAAAAAACCCUGGGAAGUGGCUGGAGGACUCAGGCAGCAUCUGGAAUUUUUCAUGUCCAGCUGCGAAAUGAGUGGAGACAGACGGGGGCAGCGAGUGCAGAAUGCAGCAGCUGGAGAUGGGAUGCAGCCAGGGUCACUGGCCUGGGACGGUCACUGCAAGGGGAUGGAAUUCCAUAAACAUUCCGUGGUGGUGGGAGGAGCUGCUACAGUGACCACAAACACAUAGGAAGUGGAGUUUUCCCUUUCUCCCGCCACCAGAGGAGCUGCCACAAGCGAUCCCAAACAUAUUUUCCCUUUCUCUAUCCCCUGUGUCAGGCACAGGGCCCCUUUAUUUUUGCAGGCUGGAUGAGGCUCUCCCAGCCCCAGGGCAGCACCAAAUCCCUGUAUCCACCCCUAGGCAGGAUUUCACAGGAUCAUGGAAUGAUUUGGGUUGGAAAGGAAUUUAAGGAUCGCCUCAUUCCAUGUCCUGCCAUGGGCAGGGACACCUUCCACUAUCCCAGGUUGCUCCAAGCCUCAUCCAACCUGGCCUUGGCCACUUCCAGGGAUGAGGAGUGGGGAAUUCCCCAGCACAACCAGAGGUUGCCUGAUCUCCUUGCUGUGAUUCCAUCUUUUUUCCAUCCCAUUCCCAUUCCAGUGCGAUGCAGCCGCCCCAAGGCCGUGGCCAACGCUCACAUCGACGCUGGGAACCGCACGGAGCUGAAUUCCCUCCUGCGCUACUCCUGCAACCCGGGAUACAAACGGAAAGCCGGGACCUCCAGCCUCAUCCAGUGCAUCCUCUGGAACGGCUCCGAGCCCCGCUGGACCGACCCCACGCUCCAGUGCAUCCGAGAUCCGGCUCUUUCCCAGGAAACCCCCAGCCCGGAGCUGCCGCCGGCGCCGCACAUGGAGAGCACGACCCAGAGGGCAGGAACCACCUGUGCCAGCCCAAAUUCCAGCCCCUCUCCAGCUUCCAGUCAGUCACCUGUGCCACCAGCAUCUGAUGGGAUGUCCCCAGACAGAUCCAGGCCACCGGAGACGCUUCCAACACUGGACACAUCCACACUGGGAGAGGGCACAACCCCGCUGCUCGUCCUGCCCACGGAUUAUGCCGCAGUUGCCAUCCAGUCCGUGGCCUCUUCCGUCGGACUCCUGGUGCUGCUGGCAUCCGGAAUCGUGGCCAUCUGCUGCUGGAGGAGGAAGUACACCAGGCAGGGCUACACAGUGACGGAGACGAACAUUCCCAUGGUGGCUCAUCCCUCUGGGAAUGAGGAGGUGGCACCUCCUGUGAUUGUCCCCACGGGCUGAGCACCCCCGGCGGGGACGCUCGGUGCACCCACCGUCCCGAGGGAUGCCGGAGGAUGGAAUGCCGGCUGCUUCCCUGAGGGGUGGCGGAGCACAUCCCGGUCUCCGCGUGGAGCAGCCAGGGAUGCGCGGCUGCUCUUCCCAGCCUGAACAUGGAUGACUCCCAGGGAUGAUCCAGCUCCAGCACCCAAAGGUGGGUGGGUGUCCUGCACCGGGAGCUGGGAUUUCAGGGAAUCGGCCCUGGGGAUGCUGGUGGUAGGCAGGGAGAGGGUUGGGAUGCUGGGAUGGGGUUUGGGAUGAAGCUGAGCUGCCCUGCCCCAGGUAAUUCCCAUUCCCUGUCCGGGAGCAUGGAUAGAGUUGGAUUACCUGGACACCAGCUCCAUCCCUUUCCUGGCUUUGUCCGUAAAUCCCCGAAAAUAGAUGGAGAGGGACCCAGCCCCAGCCAAGCAUCCCCUCCACAUCCUCAUCCCUUUCCUGGCUUUGUCCAUAAAUUGUCCCAAAUCCCAGGAAUUAGGUGAAAGGGACCCAGCCAAGCAUCCCCCACAUCCUCAUCCCCUUCCUGUUCUCUUCCAGCCACUGAGCUGCAGCCAAAGGUGCUGGGACCAUCCCACCCUCACAGAGCUCAGGGAUCCUUUGGAAGCACUGCCAGUGCCAAUCCCAGCUCUGGAUCCCGAUCCCGGCUCUGGAUCCCGAUCCCCACUGGCUCACAGGGAACCCAAGCUGGAGCAGUCUCACUACAGACACCAUGGAGGACCAAAGGCAGUAACACAACUUAGGGAAUGUUUUCCUUUGUGUGUUUUUCCUUUAUCCAUCAGAAGUUUUUAUCCACUUGUUUCCUUACCCAGUUUUUAUCCAAUUGUUUCCUUACACUCUGGAAAAGGCAGCUCUCUAUUUUUAUGUACAAAUAAAUAUAUUUUAUAUAGAAAAUAGCACUCGGAGCAGUGGAUUCCUUAACUGGACGUCUCAGCCAGGAUGGUGGGAAGGACUGGAUUGGGAUGAAUCCAUCCCCAAGGCACCAAGGGUUCAUCAGACACCACGGGAAUGAAAGGUUCAUUCCCAUCCUCCGGAGGUGAUGGUACAGUGGCAGCUGCUUGGGAAGCAGGAGGGAUCCAACAGCUGAAAUUCCACGGCUUUUCCUGGCUGCUCUUGUCCUGUUUGUGCCUCGGAUCUGGGGAUGGGUGACAGGCACUGCACUGGGUGCAUCCCAGUUCCCAGGGAACCCGGGAUGGUCGGGAAACAGGGGAGGCUGGAAGGGAGCACUGGAGGUGCCUGAUCCAACACCCACUCCAGGCUUUGUGGUUCCAUCCAGAUCCAAGUGUUUGGGGCAAUUCCUGCCCAUGUAGGAAUUUGUUCUUGGAGUCGGCUUUGAAAGUGAAAGGAGAGGGAGGGAAGCAGUUCCAUGAACAACCAUGGAAAAAACCAGGAUGCACGAGAGCUUCUGCAGCAGCUCCGGGCAGAUUCCUGAAACCACUCUCAGUUUUGAGUUCCCAUGGCACAGGCUCUGGAAUUGUGGCACGGAGAGCAGGAUCCACCCGGAUUUACAAGAGUGCUCCUGGGAGGGCUGGGAAAUAUUUAAGGAUAUUUAAGGGAAGGGAAGAGACAAAAAGGAAGUGUUAAGGCUUUUUUUUGGCUAUAAAUUUAAUUUUAGGGUUAGAAAUCUCUCUUCAGUUUGUCCCUGAGUUUGGCUGAAACCAAACCAAAGGAAUUUUUCUGCUGCUGUCCCAUUUCUUCCCUCCUGGCUGGCUGCAGGGAGAAGGGAAAGAGUCCAGGGAAAUCUCCUGGCUGCAAGGACGGAAAAGGAAUUCACCAGGAGAGCUUACGGAUUUCCUCCCAUGGCUGGGCAGGAAAAGUUCAUUUCCAAAAAAUAAACUUUCUUUGGAUACUU